UGGCUUCAUUACUGAGCUUCCUGCACACAAAAUAUGUCCUGAAAACACACCGGGACACGCUUCCACAAAAAAAUUAACCAGCCUUAAAAAAUAAAUAAAUAAAAUCGCCAUUCUGGUUAGCAUAUCUUUGUUACGUAAUGUCAAAGUUGUCCACGAUGGACUGUAAGCAUCGAGAGAAAGAUCACGAUGCAGACUUUGAGAAGAUAACUGCUGUGCUGCUCAAAUCACGGACAGGAGAGUUUGACUUGGAGUCGAUUCUGUUUCUCAAAUUGAAAGGUCUUGGAAUAUAUGAUCUUGGAUGCAUUGGGGAGUGCACAAAUUUGGAGAGACUGGACCUCUCUGGAAAUCACGUCACAAACUUAGUUCCUUUGGCAUCUCUUCGGCUUCUUUCUGUACUUAACGUGUCUGCCAAUAGGAUUUCCAGUUUAGAGCCCCUGCGUAAUUGUGACAGUUUACAGAGCUUAAACGUGGCAGGAAAUAUCAUAUCCAGUGUUGAAAACCUGCACUGCCUUCAAUUUUUAAGGAAGCUAGAAAAUAUAAGACUGAAAGACAACACUUAUAAUUACACCAAUCCAGUGUGCAGGAACUCAUCAUAUAGAAGUAUAGUUCUUGAGAUGUUUCCAAACAUCAGGGUGUUAGACGGUGAAAGAGUGGUUGGCCGUGGGAGUGACUUGUAUCAAUUAUGCAAAGACAUUGAUGAAACCAUUAAAGCUGGUUUAUACAAGAAUGGACAACUUGUUGAAAAGCCUGAUUGUAAGCCAUGGGUGGAUGAUACUUACUGGGAAAUAAAGAGAUCAAACAACGCCAUUAUCGAUGAAGCCUACAAGCAGUUCAAUGAUGUCCUUCAUGAAUGCAGACUCCUCAACAACAGAGCAAGUCAUAUAAUUUCACAGAGUGAAAAAUCUAUGAGCCUAAAGAAGCAGCCAAAGCAGUAUGCCAUCUGAAAUGGAUUAUUCCUGAUACACUUGUGUGCAACAUUUGUUAAUGUCAUAGGUUUUAAAAAA